CGGUGUGAGAACACAUUCCCCCAGUGGGCCCAUGAACGUGUACCCAGGGAGGAGCUGAGCCCCUGCACCCUGAGUGUGUACCCAUGAAGGUUUGGGGCCUGAGAUGUACAAGGUCUUCCUAAGUGUACAAGGGCCCGCGGAUGCGUAUCUCUGAGUCUGUACCCACGGAUGUGCCUGUGCUGGUGGGUGAUUCUGUCCACAGAGCAUGUAUCCACGAGCACAGGUGCCGGUAAGUGUACUAUGCCCACUGCUCAAGGCUGUACAUCCCCUGAGAGAACACGUGCCCACGGGCAUACAUUUGUCCCUAAGGCAAGUGGACAUGUGCACACAGGCAUUGGUGUGUCUCUAAGACUAGUGAGCAUGCGCAUAUGGCCAUACAUGUGCCCCUACAAGACAACGUGUACCCGAGGACAUACAUGUGCCCCUGAGACAGGUAGACAUAUGCUCAAGGACGCACAUGUACCGAUCGUCGAGCCUGUGCUCCUGAGCAGGUGACCACCCGUGCUACUGUCCCCCCGAUCGUGGGCCAACCAAGGCCAGCGAGGCUCCUAACCGCCACGCCGCGUCCCUCGGUCGGGCCCCGCGGACACGCGCGCCCCCGUGCGGCCACUCUCCAGAAUGACUGCGCGCGCCCCGCCCACACGCCCGUCCCGCUGCGGCGCCUGCGCAUGCCGGGCCUUUUACGACGCCGUAAAGCAGCUCGGCCGAAUCGCCGGCCGCAGUUCCCGGGCGGCGGCGGCAUGGAGGCGCGCUUCACGCGCGGGAAGUCGGCGCUGCUGGAGCGCGCGCUGGCCCGGCCGCGCACCGAGGUGAGCCUGAGCGCCUUCGCGCUGCUCUUCUCCGAGCUGGUGCAGCACUGCCAGAGCCGCGUCUUCUCGGUGGCCGAGCUGCAGGCGCGCCUGGCCGCGCUGGGCCGCCAGGUGGGCGCCCGCGUCCUGGACGCGCUGGUGGCUCGAGAAAAGGGUGCCCGGCGCGAAACCAAGGUGCUGGGCGCACUGCUGUUCGUUAAGGGCGCCGUGUGGAAGGCGCUCUUCGGCAAGGAGGCCGACAAGCUGGAGCAGGCCAACGACGACGCGCGCACCUUCUACAUCAUCGAGCGGGAGCCGCUCAUCAACACCUAUAUCUCGGUGCCCAAGGAGAACAGCACGCUCAACUGCGCCAGCUUCACGGCGGGCAUCGUGGAGGCGGUGCUCACGCACAGUGGCUUCCCCGCCAAGGUCACGGCGCACUGGCACAAGGGCACUACGCUCAUGAUCAAGUUCGAGGAGGCGGUCAUCGCCCGAGACCGGGCCCUGGAGGGCCGCUGACCCCGCGGAGAUAAAGGAUGCUGAGCCGCC